GUUUCAUUAGGUUCCCCCCACCGGCUGAUGUCAGUGGAGGAGCUGAGGCAGAGCAUGAACCAGCACCAUUGUCAGGUAAGUGACAGUAGGGGUUUUUAACCCAUUCUGCACCACAUGGGUUUGGGGGGGUGUCGCGAAGAAGAAGGGUACUAUAGGGAGCUACAGUGCCAGUAAAACAAUUUUGCUUUUGUGGCACUAUAGUUUCCCUUUAACUAUAAGUGAGACAUUUACUAAUUGGUAUAGGAACAAUAGGUUAAAACAUAAAAGUACAUAAAAGUAAUGCAGGACAACAUGAAUGAAUAUUAUCAUUACCAUUGGCUAAUGGUCUUAAACUGCAGCUAGAAUUUAUUCUGAACCCAAAAUAUGUCAGUCCCUAAAUAUAUCACUGUUUAGAUAUUUACAUAUUAUAAUAAUAUAAUUUAUUUAGUACUGACAUGUUUAGGGUUCACAAUUAAUUUGCAUGACAAUGUUUCCCAAAGCUACCUCACUCUCUAAUGCUAAUUAUUAUCAGUCUGUAAACAGGGAAAGGGGUGUGGCAUAUAAAGUGGGCGUGUCUCGUGUGGGCGGGGUUACGGAAAUUGCCGAGGAAGAGCCGAGAGAAAGUUAUGCUAUUCGGAGGAUAGUAGGGGAAACACACUGCCAGUAGUUCUAUUCCAUAAUGUUUACUUUACAAUGGCACCAGAUGAGCUGAUAGGAACAAUUCAAGAGUUUCUAUGUUCACGUCAUGUUUGUAUUGCUUUGGCAAUGAGUAGUUGCUCUUUUAACACAGUGCAGGACAUUGCCCCUUUAAGGCUAGCGGUGCCGCGCUGAAUUCUGGGAGGUGACUUUCACAUUGAGCAGGAACAUGUGAGUAUGAUGUCAGUGAGAGGGUCCUGGGAGCAGGGUAUAUGCAGACUGCAUGGAUCAGAGUACUGCAGCCCUUCUCCCAAACCUGCCUCCUGCCCUGUGCCCAGCCUGCCUCCCUCUGACUCCAGCUCUGUGCCCAGCCUGCCUGCUUCUGACUCCAGCUCUGUGCCCAGCCUGCCUGCCUGCCUCCUGCCCAGCCUGCCUCCCUCUGACUUAAGCUCUGUGCCCAGCCUGCCUGCCUCCUGCCCAGCCUGCCUCCCUCUGACUUAAGCUCUGUGCCCAGCCUGCCUGCCUCCUGCCCAGUCUGCCUCCCUCUGACUCCAGCUCUGUGCCCAGCCUGCCUGCCUCCUGCCCUGUGCCCUGCCUCCUGCCCAGCCUGCCUCCCUCUGACUCCAGCUCUGUGCCUAGCAUGCCUGCCUCCUGCUCUGUGCCCAGCCUGCCUGCCUUCCCCUGGCUCCUGCUCUGUGCCCAGCCUGCCUUCCCCUAGCUCCAAGUUAGUCCCCAGCCAGCCUGCCUUCCUCUGGCUUCAGCUCUGUGCCCACCCUGUCUUCCCUUAGCUCCAACUCACUCUCCAGCUAGCAUUCCUCCUCCUGGCUCCAGGUCUGUGCCCACCCUGCCUUCCCUUAGCUCCAGCUCUGUGCCCACCCUGCCUUCCCCUAGCUCCAAGUUAGUCCCCAGCCAGCCUGCCUUCCUCUGGCUUCAGCUCUGUGCCCACCCUGUCUUCCCUUAGCUCCAACUCACUCUCCAGCUAGCAUUCCUCCUCCUGGCUCCAGGUCUGUGCCCACCCUGCCUUCCCUUAGCUCCAGCUCUGUGCCCACCCUGCCUUCCCCUAGCUCCAAGUUAGUCCCCAGCCAGCCUGCCUUCCUCUGGCUUCAGCUCUGUGCCCACCCUGUCUUCCCUUAGCUCCAACUCACUCUCCAGCUAGCAUUCCUUCUCCUGGCUCCAGCUCUGUGCCCAGCCUGCCUUCCCUUAGCUCCAGCUCUGUGCCCAGCCUGCCUUCCCUUAGCUCCAGCUCUGUGCCCAGCCUGCCUUCCCUUAGCCCCAGCUCUGUGCCCAGCCUGCCUGCCUUCCUCUGGCUCCAGCUCUGUGCCCAGCCUUCCUUGCCAUGGGGACAGCUUUGGACACUGUCUGCUUUUUUAUGAUUGAAUCUCUGUAUAUGAAUUACAAUACUGCAGCUCAUACUGUAAAUACCUUGUAAUUGGUUAAUUGUUAGGUCUUAAUCUGUAAGUGUUUCAUUGCAAAAAAAAUAUCAGACCCUCACUAGGAAAACAGAAAAAAACUUACAUGAAACUAUUGCAAGCUAUAUUCACUUAUUUACAAAAGUUUACAGAGUUUGGUUCAUGAAUGAAUAACAAUUAAAAUAUGGUCUAUGAUGACACUAUUUUUCUGUAUAUAUUUUACAGAGCGCAAUUUAACCUGCAAAAAGCGGCAUUGUGACAUCGCUGCUGGCAGUCUGGUUGGCCCCUGGGACAGGUAAGGGUGAGAUUACUUACUUGAACCUGUCCCUCGUGGGCGCCGCCAUCUUGGUCGCGUUUCUCAACUCCUGUCGCUUCAGUGCCAGAAGCCAACGUCACUGCUGUACUCUCAUGCAUGAACGAGCGUAGAUAAUUGAGGUCUAUAUAGUUACAUAGUUACAUAGCUGAAAAGAGACUUGCGUCCAUCAAGUUCAGCCUACCUCACAUUUGUUUUUUGCUGUUGAUCCAAAAGAAGGCAAAAAAAACCCAGUUUGAAGCACAAUUUUGCAACAAACUAGGAAAAAAAUUCCUUCUUGACCCCAGAAUGGCAGUCAGAUUUAUCCUUGGAUCAAGUAGUUAUUACCCUACAUUGAAAGAUUAUAUCCUUGAAUAUUCUGUUCUUGCAAGUAUGCAUCUAGUAGCCGUUUGAACAUCUGUAUGGACUCUGAUAAAACCACUUCCUCAGGCAGAGAAUUCCACAUUCUGAUUGUUCUUACAGUAAAAAACCUUUCCUUUGCCUUAGACGAAAUCUUCUUUCUUCCAGUCUAAACUCAUGGCCUCGUGUCCUAUGUAAAGUCCGGUUUGUGAAUAGAUUUCCACACAAUGGUUUGUAUUGGCCACGAAUAUAUUUGUAUAAUGUUAUCAUAUCCCCUCUCAGGCGACGUUUUUCUAAACUAAAUAGGUUAAAAUUUGUUAACCUUUCUUCAUAGCCGAUAUGUUCCAUUCCUUUUAUUAAUUUUGUAGCCCGCCUCUGCACUUUUUCUAGUGCCAUGAUAUCCUUCUUUAGAACAGGUGCCCAAAAUUGCACAGUAUAUUCAAUAUGGGGUCUUACCAGUGAUUUAUAAAGAGGCAAAAUUAUAUUCUUGUCCCGAGAAUGAAUGCCCUUUUUCAUGCAUGACAAUACCUUACUGGCCUUGGCUACUGCUGAUUGACAUUGCACAUUGUUGCAUAGCUUGUUGUCUAUAACAAUUCCCAAGUCCUUUUCAUAUGUUGUUAUCCCUAAUUCGCUUCCAUUAAGGGUAUACGUUGCUUGUGUAUUCUUUAUGCCGAAGUGUAUAACUUUGCAUUUUUCAACAUUAAAUUUCAUCUGCCAUUUGAGUACCCAGUCCCCCAGUCUAUCUAAGUCCCUCUGCAGCAAAGUAAUAUCUUGCUCACAUUGUAUUGUUUUACAAAGUUUGGUGUCAUUUGCAAACACUGAAACAUGACUUUCAAUGCGGUCUUCAAGAUCAUUUAUAAACAUGUUAAAUAGAAGGGGUCCCAGAACAGACCCCUGAGGGACACCACUUGCCACCUCUGUCCAGCUUGAAAAUUUACCAUUAAUGACAACUCUUUGUACUCUGUUUUUAAGCCAAUGUUCUACCCAAGAACAAGCAUUUUCAUCUAGACCGAUUUCCUUGAGUUUGAACACUAAUCUAUUGUGUGGAACUGUAUCAAAUGCCUUGGCAAAAUCCAAAUAGAUCACAUCCACGGCAACACCCUGAUCUAUACUUCUACUUACUUCUUCGUAGAACGCAAUCAAGUUAGUUUGACAUGACCUGUGCUUCAUAAAACCAUGCUGAUUUUUGCUGAUAACCAUGUUCUUCUCAAGGAAUUCUUGAAUAUUAUCCCUUAAUAACCUUUCAAAUAUUUUACCAGCCACAGAAGUUAAGCUCACAGGUCUAUAAUUUCCAGGCAAGGAUUUUGAACCCUUUUUGAAUAUAGGAACCACAUCUGCCUUCCUCCAAUCCUCCGGAACACUUCCUGAAAGAAAAGAAUCUUGAAAGAUUAAAAACAGAGGUUCACUUAUUUCUGCACUUAGUUCCUUAAGUACACGUGGAUGGAUACCGUCAGGCCCUGGAGCUUUGUUUAUAUUAACUUUCUUUAGUUGCUGCAGCACCUUGUCUUGAGUUAACCAAUUACAAUUAUUCUGCAAGUUUUUAGUAGCAAUCAUUUGCACAUCUAUUGCCAUGGGUUCUUCCUUAAUAUAUACGGAGGAGAAAUAGUUAUUUAAAAUUCCUGCCUUUUCCUGGUCUUCAUUAAUUAACACCCCCGUUUCAGUUUUUAGUGUACCUACACUUUCAUUUUGUUGGUUUUUUAGAAUUUAUGUACUUAAAAAAUGCUUUGGGGUUGGUUUUGCUCUCUUCAGCUAUCAUUAUUUCAUUUUGAAGUUUAGCAAGUCUAAUUGCCUUUUUGCACGCAUUAUUUGCAUCCUUAUAUCUUUUAUAAGAUGCAUCUGAUUUGUCCGAUUUGGAGAACUAUACAAGAACACGGGAUCUUCCACAGACACAGUCAAUUCCCUACAGUCAUCAUUGAUGACCACUGUAGGGAUUGAUACGUAGGCUCCAUCUUGUGUCAAGUGGAGAAGAAAUGCAGAGACAAAGUAGUCCCUACUUUUUCUCUUUAUAUCUCUUGACAAGGUUGGAAUUUCAGUGAGAUUCCAACACAGCCAUAAUGAGUAUUUCAUACAGAUUCUAUCUUUAUAAAAUACUAAUUUUUCAAGGGGUGAUGACCAGGCCGCUUUAAAUGUUACCCAUUAAUACAUAAACAGGCAGUGUGAAAAAUAAAGUUUCCCUGUCCUUUCUAAUUAGUAGUAUAGUUCUAGAACAGAAUAUUGUUAACAGCAUUAAGUAUAUAAAAUACCACCUUAGAUGAAUUGUUGUCUGACAGCAGAAGGGACCAGUUUUGGGGCAUUCUUAGUAUUUCCUUGUGUAUAUUUACUGUUAAUUCUGCUACAUCACAGAAUAUUAAACAAUGUAUUUGUCAUUUUAGGUGCACAUAUAUAAUAUGGAGAUGAUGGGAAGCAUCGAGGUGCCUACAAUACACUAGUUUCUGCUACCGGACUGCAUUCAUGAACUUACACAGAAUCCUGUUUUUAUGAUGCCAACAGGCUGGGCAUAUGCAUAACAACAUACCCCGAUUUAUCUUUAUUUUGCAAAGAUAUGUUUUCCUUAAGUUCACAUCACACAGCAAAAUGCCUGCAUGUUUGGAAGCACAAGAUUUGUGUGCGUUUCAGACACUCCUGUAUGUGGAAUUUAUGUGGUACAAAUCUAUGCGGUCAACGUGCCUUCCUAGAGAAAAUUCAUUGCUCAAACCUUCUUCAUCAAGUGCAUUAUAGUUCCCAAAAGGUAGGGUUGCUGGAUUCAUUCAUUACAAUUGUACAAGGACCUUUUACAUUGAGUUAAUCUAAUUCGUAAAUUGUUUACUGCAUUUUUAAUGCACUGUUUUAAUUGUUUGGUAUUUUAAGUCACUUUGUGAUUUUGAGACUUUCUUUAUCUUGAAUGCAGGUAAGUUGUGGGUAAAAUAACCUUUACCUCAUAUUUUGCCCCUUAUUAACAAAUGUAGUAUGAAUAACUAGCUCAUAAACUUAAAACAGAUCUACCACUUUUGAAGUUGUGUUUUUUUGCAAAGACCACCCCCAUGGUAAAAUGUCCAUUUACAUAUGCUUUCAAAACAGUAAUAUUUUAUAGUAUUCCAUAGAUCAUGUUAAGCAAGAAGACAUCAUGCAUCUGUGAGAUGCUGUAUGUAUCAUGGGUGAAUGUUAAUGGGAAACAGCAAGUGUCAGUAGCUCCAUCCAUUGACUCAUUUUGAUUAUAAAAACACUUGUCUUGUUCAUGAUAGAAAGGUAAUCCAUCUUUUGUUUUAUGUCCUAUUUUGAUUGCAGUGGAAUUUUAAUUCAAUUUCAAUGUAGUCUUUGAUCUUUUCAUACAUAUUCCAUAUGUUCUAUUUUGUAUUUUUCAGGAAAAAAAAAAUUAGAUUUUCAUAGAUCUGACCAUCCUUUACAUAAAUCUUAUAAUCCUUUAAAUCAAUACAGGAGGGUUAAAAAGAGAUUAAUGGAGCAUUCUGAGCAACAUAACUUCAUUGGAAUAGAGUUAUGGUGCCAGGAGGUCCAUGACGCUGGCUGCUUCAAGGGUUAAACCAUUAAUGAACGGUUUAACCUACAAAGUGUUUGAACCCAGGGAUAGUCAGCUCUGCCCAACACAUUCAGUUUCUGUCCAAGGCUUGAAUCUGGAAGCUUUGGACAGAGGCACCACUGAUAAGCUAAGAGUGUCAGCUGACACUCUCUCAAACCAUCAGCACUUCUCAGUCCAAGGCUUUCUGAUUCAACCUUCGCACAUGAUGCCACAAUGAGACCCAGCUUUUAGACUAUGAAGUAAUUAAUGGUAUCCCUGGAUGUAUUUACAGGUGAUUGCGCGGUAAGAUAAAGCAGUGCUCAUAACAUAAAUUUUGGAUUUUAUUGGUGGCAAUGAAGUCACAGGAAAUAAUUUUCAUCUGCACAAAUCACUGGAAUUGCUCCAUCAUGCUGCGCAAGUUGUACUGAAGGAGGUUGCAGGGAUAUAUUCUGUGACACCUUGCUACUAUAGCAGCCUCCAUCUGCAAAUUCUAGGACCGUCCACAUAGAGAUCUGUGAGUUUCAUGCACCAAAAAAAGGCUAUUAGUUUGUACUUGCCCCGCAGAUGAAACAUUGCUAGAUCACAAGAUAGGCAAAACAGAAUCUCAAGGAGAAGAAUGGAUCAUCUGGAAAAACCAAAGUCAGUUGGGAAAUAAAAUGGAUUGGCAUAUUACAAUGAGAUCGCACCUGGGCUCUUCUGGCACUAUAACCACUACAAUGAACAGUACUUGGAGUGUUCCUUUAAUAAUGCGGAAGUGUAAAUUUCACACUAUCAAUGCGGUUAUGGAGGGGACAGUCUCUGAAUGCUGUGGAGAGCCUUCCAAUCAAACCGCUCCAAUUGGUUGCUAACAAACAGUGGUUCAGGGCCCAAAGACUAUUGUCCGCUUAACCACUACACCAAGCUGUUGUGGUUAUGUUGCUUCAAGUGCUCUUUUAAUAAAAGUGGCACAUAAUAUGUGACUGUUGGCCACUGACUGGUAUGGUUUAUCCUAUGUUUUAUGCCAUUUAUGUAUUAUAAACCUUUAGUUGUGUGUGUUCUGUAUUGCAGGAAAAGCUUGACAUGUCUGAAUAUUCUGUAGACUGUAUUAGAAAUUUCAGUAUAAUAGCCCAUGUGGACCAUGGCAAAAGUACUCUUGCUGACAGGCUUCUUGAAAUUACAGGUACGUAAAUAUCCCGAAGAAUUAUAACUUUGUUACCCUUUAAUUGUUUUGAGACUUAUUUGAUUCUUAUUUAUUUUUAUCAAGGGCGUAUUCCGAAAGCAGACUCUAAUAGGCAAGUUUUGGAUAAGCUGCAAGUGGAGCGAGAAAGAGGAAUAACAGUGAAAGCACAGACUGCAUCACUUUUUUACACCUUUAAAAACAAAAAGUAUCUUUUAAAUUUGAUAGACACCCCGGUAAAUUCCACAUAUAUCCCUUAUUUAUUUUUAGAUAUUUUAGAUUUUACGUUUUAAACGCUCUUUUCAGUAUUUGUUUUCCAUUGAUUAUUUCUAAAGAACUUGAUAACAUUUCUAUUUCUGUCAUUUGAUCAUGGUGUAUGCAAGACUAUAUGAAAUGUUGUAUAGCAUACAAGAUCUACUUAUUUGAAGAGUGUUGCCCCAUCCAAGAUGGCUACCAGCAAUGGGUGUUCAUAUGAUUUACUCAACAUUCUAUAUAGACCAGCAUCCAGCUAGGUUUAAUGACUGAGUGUUUAGAUAACUUCAGAGAACAGAUUUGUAGUCUUUUACCUCUAUUGCAAUGGUGUAGGCAGCACUCCUACUUUGGGAGCGUUUAAGAGCCUGAGUAUUGCUACUGUGCAUCUAUCACACUAACAUUUCUGGGUGUUGGGAAAAGAUACUUUAACAUGGACUUUGUAGCACAUCAAAGGGUUAGAAGAAGGAGGAAUACUAAAAUGGCAAUAUAUAUGUGUACUAGUGUGUUUGUGUGAUUAUGUAUGUGACUGUUUUCCCAGACGUAAGGGGAUGAAAAUUUGCUGGGGGUGCACAGUUUCAUUAAAUAGACUGAUGGCAACCAGACUAACCUCUUAGGGGUCCUGUUAGGAUGAGCUGUGGAACCAAAUUUGUCUCACCAGGGAAAUGCGAAUGGAUCUAUGAUUACAGAAAAAGGCGACAUAGAAGAAACAUGUAGUUUGAGAAUAAAAUCUAAUCUAUGCAUUUGGUAGCACAAUAUAUGGAAGUAUCACUAUGUAAUGUUGCCAUAAUGUGAAGAAAAGUGUCCUAAACCGUGCAUUGCAAAUUGCCGUUUGGAAGCACAAUACAUACCCAUAAGUGUUUGGGUUAACAAGGUCACAUGGCCUAAAAGCUGUCACAUGGAUAAAAAUGUAUACAGAAAAUAAAUUUAAUGAAAAUAAAGUGUAUAUAUAAUCACACAAUGGUCAUAUAGCAUAACUAGGAUACUCAUACACAAAAAUUAGAAUAGCAAUAGUGCAAUGAUAUGUAUACAUAUAUAGUGUGAAUCACUGAAUUGGACAUGAUGUGACUAAGAACAAGCAUGAACACCUGGGUCCAGUGAACAUAUUCAAAAUAACUACUGGUAUCAUACACCCUAUGUACCAAUGCCAAAAGAGAGGAUAUAUAUAAAAAAAAAAGGAAAAUGGUAGGCAUUAGACAGAUAACUCAUAAUUUCAGAAAUUAAUAGUGUAAGUCAAUUUCUCUGAGGCUACAUAAUUCUGUAAGCCAAUCAGCAUCACCCCUAACAACUUUAUUUUAAUGAAGUUAUGGUGCCCAAACCUGUCAGUUGAACUGGAAAAGGUAAGGGGGAAAUCUGCUUACAUCAUAAAAAGCACAUUACGGUUUGUUUGUUUUUUCAUUUUUUUUUUUUUCAAAACUCAAUGUACACUCAAAAUUUAAAUAGUCUCUGACAAGUUUAGCUUUGGAUAGCUAUACACAUUUAUGCAUUAUGCUGGUGAAAUUACCACCAUCAAAUCUGUAUCUUAAAGCUUUUGCCUCCUCCUAAAUAACUACUGGAAUCUAUGUGUCCCUGCCUAAAUAUACCAAACACAUUCCAGGUGGGAUAUUGCACACAUUUGUGGAAGGGUUUAUGCAAGGGUAGACAAUACUAAUUUACACAUAUAAACAUGGGCAAAGGUGAGGGAACUUAUUUAGGCUGUUUGGAGGUUGGCACUUAUAUCGUGUUAGAGCAUGAGUAUUACAUUUAAUUCCUUAAUAAUGUCCGCUCAUACAUACGCUAAUAGUUUGUCUCAUUGUGUUAGUACACGUGGGCAUACAUUUAAAGAUUUUGUGUGUUGCUCUUUGUAUAAUGUAAAUUGCUUCUCUGUGUAUUUUCCAGGGUCAUGUUGAUUUUAACUAUGAAGUUUCAAGGUCCCUUUCUGCUUGCCAAGGUGUCCUGCUUGUGGUCGAUGCAAAUGAGGUCAUUUUUCUUUUUACUUAAUUAACUUCUUAAAACUUAAUGGUUGAGAAAAUAGGCACACUCAUAGCAUAAAUGUGGUUAGAAUAAUUGUGUAUAUAGUGCUCAAAACUCCAGUUUAAUUACAUUACAUUAAACUCCACAAUCAAUAAAUGAGCGAGAGAUACCCAUACCAUCAAUGAAGAACUCAAUAAACUGAAAAAUAAGUAUACCAUUAGAUAACCAAAAAUAAAUACUGACUACAAAAAAGUAGGUAGAAGUGGACUGAUAUCCAGAUAGGUUAGGCUGCAAAACAUUGCACCGAGGUACAAGUGCAAAUUCUAUCUGCCAUCCAUAGCAUUUUGUGAUCAUUUUGGGCGAUUGCAUAUUAAGUCCUAUCCUCUUGGUAUUGUCUAGGUGUAGAUUAACUCUCAAGUUAGUUUUUCUGGGGUUCUAACUUGAGAUUACAAAUGUUACUCUUUCUAUGUAAUGCUAUACUUUAUUGAUGGUAAAAUUAUAGUGGGGAAAAAAAGCUAAUUGGUCAGACUCAGAAAUCUUUUUUUUAAAACGAUAUUUUCUAUGUUGUUUAUAUUUUGAGUGCCCUCCUUUUUGGACACAUUUUUUUUCAUUUUUUUUUUUUUUUUUACUUUUAAAGCCUCAAAUGGUUGGAAUUGCCACUGAUGGCUUAUAUGUACACGGGCGGCAUCAGUAUUUCAUAAUGAUUAUAGCUAAAUUAUUUACUGAAAUUAAAACAAUGCACAUAUUGACUAUUAUUUUUCCAUCUCAGCUCAUGGAAAAAAAUCUAGUUAUGCAUAUUUCUAUAUUUUAUGUAUUGCCUAAAUAGCAGUACUUGUAUGAACAUUAGAGGGAAACAUCUGUGUAAUGAGUUUAAUGUAGCAUUCUUUAGAUGGUCUUUAAUAUCGCUAUUUUUAUUUUCUCCUUUAAGGGUGUUCAAGCGCAGACUGUGGCAAACUUCUUUCUGGCCUUUGAAGCACAACUUUCAAUUAUUCCAGUUAUAAACAAGGUCAGGAACAAACGUGGAUGGCCAUUGCUUCUUUCAGAUAUAUAGCUUUACACUGGCAUAAAAAAUGUGUUUGGGCUCUUAUGACACGUCCUGCAGACUGCGAAAAUUAGUCAAGUGUCGUCUGUGCUUAUUUGCAUACUUCAUAUAGCAUUCUGUGAGCGGUAUAUGAUCUUUUAGAGUUGUUGUGUGAUAAAUAGAUGUGUUUUACCACUGCGUUUAUAAUUGUAUCAGGUAAAAAAAAUAUUUUAUUUUUUUCCAGAUUGAUUUAAAGAAUGCAGAACCAGAAAGAGUAGAAAAACAAAUUGAAAAAAUGUUUGACAUUCCAGGAAGUGACUGCAUUAAGGUAUUUACACGUUAUUAAGGUUUUUGGUUUUUUUUUUGUCUGUAAUAUUACAAAUCUAGGUGAUAGUUUAAUAUGAUACAUAUAUAGUAUAAUAUGAAUGUUUUUUUCAAGUUUUUGUUCACUUGUUUUGUAUUCAUUGUCAUCUUGGACAAGAUGUUGCAAAACACAGUAUAAUAUCUAGUGUAUUUAAUGGUAUUGGAAAGAGAAAUUCAUUUUUUCUUUUUAAUUAUUAUUGUUCCCUUUGUUACCCACAUCUUUAUAUACAUUAUUCUAGAUUUCUGCUAAGUUUGGGACAAAUGUGGAACGCGUUCUAGAAGAAGUUAUAACCAAAAUCCCACCGUAUGUAUUUCUUUCUGUUGUAAUCACUUUAUAAAUAAUACUGAACAGAGCUUUUUGUUGCUAAAGUUUACAAUGUUCAUACUGUAAAGUUUUUAUUUUUGUAAUUUUUAACUUCAUUUUGGUAUAUUUUUUUUUUAUAGUAAGAUAUGGUUUUUGACAAAGUUAAAUGUAAAUUUAUAAUUUUACACAUUUACCCAAAUGAUUAUUUUCAUGGAAUGUGACCUGUUAAAGAUGAUAACAUGAUUUUCCAUAUCUCUGGAUUUUAUUUAUUUAUUUUAAAGAUAGUUGGUGUGACGCUCACCGUAUAUAGCACUAUAAAGGGAAGGUAAAAAAUAUAUUGAAAUAUACAGAAAGUCACGUUGAAGGGGGAAAAAAGCCACAUUUAUAAAUAGACAAAUAGGCAGAAGAAAACAGGGUUACAGCAAAAUGUACUCAUUAAAGGGGAAUCUGAAAAUAGGUUCUGUAACAAGACCAGUUCUUAGACUGAACUAAAGGAAAAGUAAGCAGGACUCGAGUGGUUCAGUCCUGUUUUCCUAUAUGUAUAACUAGCGUAUUACUGUCUAAAGUAACCAUUAAAAAUUUUUUCCAGUUAACAUAUUUUUUAUUUUACAUUUUUAGACAGGUUUUAGCAUUAGUGUUAGAAGCCUUCACAACCCAUUCUCAGAGUGCCCAGAACUACUGCAAUGACCGUUUCAUAUCGGAAUGAAUUAUAUUUUGACAUUUGUACUGAAUGAAUAAAAUGUGUGUGUUCUAAAUCUGAGCCUAAACUGUAUAGACUGGAAUUAAACCUAUUGUGAAUUAUGCAAUUCCAGAUUAUUGGCUAUGUUAUAAUAACAAAUUGUACUUAUUACCAUUUAUUAUGUUUUUUUUUACCUUUAUUUGUUCCAGACCGAACAUUGACCAAAAGAGCCCAUUUAAAGCUCUUUUGUUUGACUCCACAUUUGAUCAUUACAGAGGAGCAGUGACUAACGUUGCACUCUUUGGGGGACAGGUUUGCAAAGGCCACAAGAUUGUGUCUGCCCAUACAGGAAAGAGCUAUGAAGUUAACGAGGUUGGCAUACUAACACCUGAAGAGGUUCCUGUAGAAAAGCUGUAAGUGUGUUUUACUUAUUGUAUUGUAUUACAGAAUGCAAUUUUGUUUGCUUUUAAUGAAAAAAUUACAUUUUGUGCUCCAGUUUGGGAUUUUUUUGGAUUGAAGGAAAUAUGCAACUAUUUUAUACUUGUGCAAUUAAUUUCACCGAGCUUUUUAAGACCCCCAAAAAAACAAACAAACAACUUUAUUAUUUAUUUAUUUUUGGUCGUCAUUUAGCUAUGCUGGACAAGUAGGCUACCUAGUUGCUGGAAUGAAAGAGGUGAAGGAAGCUCAAAUUGGAGACACACUUUAUCUGCAGAAAUAUCCUGUAGAGCCUCUGCCAGGGUUCAAAAACGCUAAACCAAUGGUAUUUGCAGGUAAGCAACAUCAAGGUUACAUACAAGGUUAUUCAGUAAAGUGUGAACUCUUGGAAGUUAAUUCACAAUAAACUUUCUGCUAAAAUUAUGCCGAUAUGGGAAAUAACCCAAAUCAGUUAUGUUUUCAGUUCAGUUAUUUUAGCUUAAAGGAGCACUAAAAUCAAUCAGUCCAUUUACCUCAAUGAAGUGACCUUGGUGCUUAAUGUUUAACCCUAAAAUGUAAAGCUUUGCAGUUUUGGAGAAACUUCAAUGUUUACAUGGGGAAAUCUGACGCGCGUUCUGCACUCAGUGCAUGCACAUCUGGUCCCCAAUGCUUCUCUGAGUAGUACUGAACUGGACAUCAACAGACUAGGCUAUGCCUCUUCUGUGUCUUCGUGGGAGGAGGAGAGAUAAGUAGCACAGCGGAAGCAUCUGUGCUAGAAAAAAAGGUAAGAUGGGGGGAUGAUCUAUAAACUUAGGGACAGGAACACUAAAGCGUUAGGAAAACAUUUAUUUUUAUUUUUUUUCCCCAAUGCUUUAGUGUUCCUUUAAUUCCCAACAGUGCACACUUUAGUGAAUAACCUUACCUACAAAUAAAACAAUGAAAAUCAUAUUAACAUUUCUUUAUGUAAUGCUUAUUAUUUUUAUUUAUUUAUUUCUUAAAGCCUUAGCAUUUUACAUCACUAUCCAGUUCAGUUCUGGCACAUUUGUGCUGUACAUUGCAUUGAAGGAGAAGGAAUGGAAACAUUGAGGCAAAAUAAUUACUUUAAGAAACGUUGGCGUAUUGGAAAAUGUGUACUAUGAUGACUGAUGGGUUUCUUUCCCUAAAUUCUCUGAAAGCACAGUGCUCCAGGCUAGCGACUUUGGCAGGUUUUACUUUCACACCACAAGAGGGGAUAAUCACCAAAGUUAACUCUAAAGUUUACAGUACUUGAACAAGGAGUGUGCCAGGCGAGCGCCAGCAGACUUUUUUUUAAAAUUUAACUUUAACUUACACAUGUAUAUUUGGUUUGGGUCGGCUAACAAAAAAACUUGUUUUGCUUUGUUUUUGUUUUUUUUAAAGUGACAUGCAUCACUUGACAAAUAUUAUUUUUUAUUUUUAUUUUUUUUAGACCAUCAAGCAAACACUUUUAAACAAAUAUACAAAACAAACUAAAGCAAGAAAACUUUGAACGUAUUUAAUGUUUUACUUGCCUUUCUUUUCGGCCUGCAGAAUGACACAACUCUCUCAUUCAAUGCUAACGCUUUUGAAUGACUCGGUUGUCUCAUAGUGAUGCAUGUCCACUUAAUAUUUCGUGUUUUAAUGGACUGGGGUAUUUCAAAUAGACAUGCAUUUUUUUAUUUGGUUUUUUUACUCUGUACACUUAAAGGGAUGCUUUAAAAGUGACAAAAUUGUUUUGUUUAAAAGCGUAGCUACGUUGCGAAAAACUUUUUUGUUUAUACAAACUUUGUUUUACCUCUAAUAUGAUUGGUAGCAGCCUGAUCAUAUCAUUCUCCCAGUUAGCUAUGCUCCCAGUGUAACUACUUUUGACCUUAAAAAAUUAUAAAUUUACUUUGAAUUUGCUUGAAAUGCCCAACAAUUCUCACUUUAGUAAAUAAUCCUGUAAUGUGUGUGGAAGGCAUUGCCACUGAAUAAAGGAGACUGUGUGUGUGCAUCCACACAAAUCAUGCAUUGUAGUAAAGCAAUAAGGGUUUUGCUUUAACACCUUAAAAAAUGUCCUGUGGUCAGAGCUUUGCACGUUGCAUCUGUUCAUUUUCAGUUGGAGUUCAGGAGUAGGCUGAUGUGUUAGCAACCGGAGAAUUUGAAGUGACACAUUCAGGUUAAAGUGGCACUGUCACUCUGACCUCCCCCCCGCCCACAAAAAAAAAAGUAUUUCAUAAAGAUGAUUGUGUCCUGCAAUGGUAUACAAUAUGACUUUAAUAAGCAUUUUUGGUUUUCUGUUCAGGCAUUUUUAUUCUGCUUGGUCAAUUACUCACAUGGUAAUCAAUCUCAUAUUCCAUAGUGGCACCUCAUAUUUUUUUUUUUUAUAUAUAUAUAUAUAUAUAUAUAUAUAAUUUUAGAAGGAAUAUGAAGGGGGGAUCUAUAGCAGUGAAUGGCUUAUGUUGGCUAUACAGACAUUUGUGAAUAUUUCCCAUGAUGCUUAGUCAGCUCUUUGGAAAUCUAGUUCACAAACAACUGUCAAGAUUAGCCAUCAUUUUCUCUUGGGGUUAUCUUCUUUUUGCAACAUUGUCAGUUUGUUUGUGCAUAACUAAAGAGACUUGUAGUACAUUGUAAUUAAAAUAAAUAAUACUUGCCAUGUUAGGUUUCAUCUGAACUACGGAGCUUAUACUUUGCAUUUCCAUGACUCAUUUAUCUUUUAGCUAACCUAUUUAUGUUGUUCUCAAAAGGCAUGUAUCCAGUUGACCAAUCUGAAUACAACAACUUGAAGAGCGCUUUAGAAAAAUUGACAUUGAAUGACUCGAGUGUAACUGUUAAUCGGGACAGCAGUGCUGCACUGGGAGCUGGCUGGAGGUAAGCCUUCGUUUUUCAUUUUGUGAGAUUGAAAGCACUGUUGAAAUAGUACAUUAAAGACAAAACAAUGUCACAGAAGUCCUGUUGAUUGUGCAAAUCGGCAGCUACUACAAGGUCCAGGAAAUUGUUGAGAUCUUGUGACCAAUCUGUAAUUUCCUAUUGUUUUGCAUUUGAUUACUAUACUUAGGCUAUGAAAGACAAACAUAUUUACUAUUGUUAUUAUUAAAUCAUCAUCAUAUUCUUCAACUCUGUACAAUGGGUUGUGUGAGCUGUAGACGUUCGUGAGGACCAAGUUAAAACAAGAUUAUAAUUUGAAGGAAGUGGAAUAGAGAAGAAGCAGGACUUAUUAAAUACAAAACGUAGAUUUAAAUGACAAGACGUUAAUUGGUUCGUUGUUCGACUGAAUAGGAAAAGUAUAAUUUACUAGCUAAGGAUAUUCUAUAUAAAUAGGCAGUCCAUGAAAUAUUUUGAAAAUAGGAUUAGGCAGUAAGUGUGAAAAGAGCAAGAGCGUCUUUCGCAGGAUGGUCCAUACUUGUUUUGUUAUCAGGGUUCUACAUUCUGUGUAGACAGUUGGAGUCCAUACCACGUAAAAUGUGAAAUGUUUGCUGAUGUCUAACUGUAGGAGUGCCCUGGCGAGAAGAAAUUUACCCCUGGUGACUGUGCCAUAGGCUCUCUAAACUUAAAGUGGCAAGCGACCUUUAAAGCCUGACUAGUAGGGCAGGAGUUGAAAUUUUAAGCUCUGGCUAUUUUUUUUUUAUUCUUUAUUUUUGUAGUGCAUUGCCAACAUCUCAGGUAAGUAUAGACAUGUGAAAGUAUAACAGUAAGGAGUGUCAAAAGAAAAACACCAGGUAAGCAAGCCCCUUGACUUAACCCUUAUUAGCCUAUGCCCUCUGGUUAUACAUCACAGUCAUGCCAAGAGGUGACCUUUCAGUGGGCCACAGGUUCAAUUGGUGAGAAGGUGCCAGACUGUGGUGAGUUUGAGGAAUGGUCCCAAGGCGUUUGUAAUGGUUUCCUAAGCAAGUAGUGCACUGGCUCCCUGCAUGUAUAGGGCCCUGGCAUUUCGUGCCAAAUGUGGACAGAACAUUGUUUCCCAACCCCCUUCCGCAGACAAUGUUGGAGUUUCCAGGGCUUGUCUCAAGCAUGUACUCUGGUUCGGUUCCCUCUUGUGGAUAUCCACACCCUGGUUUGGAUGUGCACAGUGCCAUGUAGAUGGAGUCCAGGUAGGCGCCAGUGGAACAUACACAGAAGCUCCCAGGCGGCAGGUGAGUUUAAACCAAAAUUCUGCGAACAAUCUGUCCAUUUUAUCCAGGAUAGAAGUUUUUUAGGUCUCAGGGUGUGGAUACAGCACGUACCUGAAUAUCCCUUUACGGUAGGGUGGGAGAGAGUAGGGGAAACCUUGUGAGGUUUGUUAGGCAGUAGGUAUAGGGAUUGGCCGCCUCCCUCUUUCCGUCUGUGAGUAGGCCUCUGGAAGGCCGCAGGAUCUGCCAACAUUAUCUACUGAACUCGAUCACGGUCACAGCUAGAAGAUCCACAGUUGGGUCCACUCAGUUGCCGAGUAGUUUUGGCUGCUGAAGAGCUGCAACUGUCGACCAUUAGUCAGUAAAUAAGGCUUUUAUAUAGAGUUUUUCCUCAGAGCACUCUGGAUGUGCAUCCGAUCAGCGCAGCAGUCAGGUUCCACCCACAGCCCUGGUAUUUUUUUACAUUUAUUUAUUUUUACUACUCCUUUAAUCUUAUCUUAAUUCGCCCAACACCACAAACGUUUGUGGUGUGCUCGCUACUUGUGUUAUUAUUUGCUAAACUGAGAAUUGGCUACUUUGGCCUUAAAUCUAAAAUUCAGUUUGAAUUUCCAGCAAACUGGUACAUUCUCCCAGUUAGCUGUGCUCCCAGUGUAACUACUUUUGACCUUAAAAAAUUAUAAAUUUACUUUGAAUUUGCUUGAAAUGCCCAACAAUUCUCACUUUAGUAAAUAAUCCUGUAAUGUGUGUGGAAGGCAUUGCCACUGAAUAAAGGAGACUGUGUGUGUGCAUCCACACAAAUCAUGCAUUGUAGUAAAGCAAUAAGGGUUUUGCUUUAACACCUUAAAAAAUGUCCUGUGGUCAGAGCUUUGCACGUUGCAUCUGUUCAUUUUCAGUUGGAGUUCAGGAGUAGGCUGAUGUGUUAGCAACCGGAGAAUUUGAAGUGACACAUUCAGGUUAAAGUGGCACUGUCACUCUGACCUCCCCCCCGCCCACAAAAAAAAAAGUAUUUCAUAAAGAUGACUGUGUCCUGCAAUGGUAUACAAUAUGACUUUAAUAAACAUUUUUGGUUUUCUGUUCAGACAUUUCUAUUCUGCUUGUUCAAUUACUCACAUGGUAAUCAAUCUUAUAUUCCAUAGUGGCACCUCAUUUUCCAAGUAGAUUCAUUAAAGGAACACUAUAGCACCAAAGCAAUUUAAUGGUGUAAAGUCCAUGCCCCCACACCCCAGUCUCACUGCUCAGUUCUCUGCCAUUUAGGAGUUAAAUUACUUAGUUUUUUGCAGCUCUAGUUGCCGCCUCCCUGUACAACCUUCAUUAACACUUCCUGUAAGUGAUGUCUAAUGUUUAAACAUCCUUCAUUGCAUAUUCUGUUUCAUUUAGAAUAGUAUUAUCUCCUGCUCUAUUAAUAGCCUUCUGGACCCUGCUGGAGCCUCCUGUAUGUGGUCAAAGUUCAAUCUUCAGAGCAGGAGAUAAAAACUUCGAAAACAAGUUAACAUGUGAUUGAAAAUGAGUUUGGCUCAGGUAGCAUAAGCAACAUCAAGAGUGCUUCAUUAGUGCUUUAUCUAAAGUUGUCUUGAUGUCUCUAGUGCCCCUUUUAAUUUUCUCCACUGCCACUUUUUGCCUCAACAGACAUAAAUUCUUUCAACUGUACGCUUAUAGAUCAUCCUGCAUUAUACAAAUGCUAGAUUGUAAAUAUACAGACUAGAUCAUUUUAUUUUGAAUCAGCAUGUUAAAAGAUAUGAUUGCUAGGAUAUCUGGGAAUUUUAUUUUUAUUUUUUUAUAUUGUGAUUUGGAUAAUAAAUGCAUGUGAUUUUAACAGAGUUUUUUGUUAACCAGGUUAGGCUUCCUUGGACUUUUACACAUGGAAGUUUUCAACCAGCGCUUGGAACAGGAAUACAACGCUUCAGUAAUUAUGACUGCACCCACUGUUCCAUACAAGGCUAAACUAUCUUCGCAAAAAUUAAUAAAGGUAUGCUUCUGUGUUUUUAUUCCUGUUUUUGUUCGAAAGAUGUUUCACAGCAUAGAAAUAUUUCACAAAAAGUUCUGUAUCUGUGUUGCCUUUCAAGACUCAAAGACUCAAAAUCUUGAAUAAAAUAUUUCACAGGAACAAUGUAUUUGUAGGGGUGUGUGUGUGUAUGUAUGUAUGUAUGUGUGUAUAUAUAUAUAUAUAUAUAUAUAUAUAUAUUUAUAUAUAUAUAUAUAUAUUAUACAUAUUAUACACUACACUACACACCUUUAUUCUCACAGCAUACAGUAUCUGUUUCACUUUCAGAGGUCUUGUUGCUGUUUUUGGCAGCACUGUGGGAACCUUGUGUUUUGCUGUGAAAAUGUGAAACAUUAAAAAUGGAUUGGCAAUCUUAUGGGAAUAAUAUUCUCAUAAAUUUGUUAGUUAACCUCAUGGCACAGAACACAGACAAAUGGAUGAUUCCAAAAGCCAAAAAUAUUAUUAGAUCUCUAGAUCUAAAAAUAGAGCGAAACCUUCAUAGUAAAUGGGAGAAAUACUUCACUAUCACUCUUACAGAAUUAGACCUAAUAAAAGCGCUUGAAGGCGUAACUUCCUCUGUACAUUCUUUGAACCUCAUAGAAAAUCAUCAUUAUAAGGUAAUCAACACAUGGUAUUUAACCCCAACCCCUAAGCUAGAAAAAAUGUACCUAACACAAGAAUCAUCAUGUUGGAGAUGCGGUAUGCCUAAUACAAAUUAUUGUCAUAUUUGGUGGAGUUGUGCAAUUAUACAGAAAUUCUGGGAGGAAAUCAAUAACUAACUAGGAAAACAAAUCGUAACUAAACUACCACUUUCACCAGAGGCCUUUUUCACUUCAAGUUAAAUGGCCACAGACAACCAAAAGUGAUAAAUGAAUAAUUACCCAUAUUUUAACUGCUGCCAAACUAGUUAUAGCCAGACACUGAAAGAAAAUUAGUGUACCAACCUGGGAAAAAAGUCAGUGUUCAAUUCCUAUAUCAAGGGAAGAUGGAAUUUUUUUAUAAAUAAAAAUUCACUGUCAACUUUAUCAACUCAAAAAAUAUGGGGGAAAAAUAUUAGAGAAAUGGAAUGAAAACUUAUAUAUGAAGUCUGGAAAUCUACACAAGCAGAAAUAAGAGACAAAUCCUUGGAUCUCACAAAUAUCCUUUUUUUUUCUAAUGCAUAUUAGUUGAGUAGCUGUGCCAAUUACCCAUGCGUUAAACUUGAAUGUUUUAUGUUUUAGUGGUAUUAUAUGUAUUGAGUCUUAGCAGCUAAAUGAUGAGAGAAAACAAGGGAUUAAAGUGCUAAUACUCAAAUGUACUAUGUAUAAAUGUAUAUUGUAUUGUCUUUUAUAAGCAAUCAAAAAAGAAUAAAUAAAUAAAUAAAAAUGCAUUGGCAAUCUGAUUUGUCAUUUUUGUUAAUUUUACUGAUUUAAUUUUAUUGACUUCUGUUUCUAUAGGAGAUUGACUUUUUUGCCCCUUGCAAAACAUAGCACUGAAAUUUGUGUAAAACAUCUUUUAUUCUUUGUUAAAUUUAUUUCAUAGCUUAACAUCAGUUUUUCUAGCAAUAUUAUAAUUUGUGUCUCAUGUUUGAAUUUUAUAGGAAUAUGGGGAGGAUGAGAUAACUAUAGUAAACCCGUCUGAGUUUCCUGACAAGUCACAAGUAUCUGAAUAUCUCGAGCCUGUUGUGUUGGGUACCAUCAUUUCACCUGAUGACUAUAUGGGAAAGAUACUUGCUUUAUGCCAGGUUAGAAAACGUUGACUGAAAUGUGCUAAUUAUUGAAUCUUGAUACUUCCUCUGAAAAGUAAAAACAUUGUUUUGUCAAGAUUUUGUUACUACUUUUCAGUUUCAGAAAUUCUGGUUUAAGAAUACGUAUCAGUGACCAUAUUUCCUUAAUUUUUACCAAUUGAUACUUUAUCAUUUGCAGUAUGUCAUUGCCAAUGGCACCAUUGUGACUUCUAGAGACAACACCCUCAUUCUUGAGCAAAUUACAGAAUUUGGAGUUUCUACUUCUAUGGGUAGCCUACAAAUGCCAUGUCAUGCACAUAGGAGAGGUCACCAGUUCAUUGCUGUAGAGCUAUCCCAAAAUUCCAGACAAAUCUCUGGACAAGAGAAAUUAUAAACCCUAGGCAUACAUUCAAUUGCAGUUGUAUCAAGUAACUGACAAUGCUUCCCGGUAAAUUCAGAAAGAACAACAAAGCAUAGUAGCGGACAUUGACAAAUCAAUACAAGUAAAUAGACCUGUUUUCUAAUAGAUGUCAUGUUCAAUGCUUCCAAAACAGAUGAGGAUUCUAGAAAGAAACAAUGAAAUAAGGCUUGUCAAUGGCCUUCUUUUAUUUCUAACAGUGCCCCUAGCUACAUUUCAAGCACUGCAUGAAAGAUUUGUCUGGGGAAAAACCAGCUGCGGACUUUGAACAUUCUUACAUUUAAGCAUUUUGUAGCACAGUUGGAUCUACCUCUUUUAAAAUAACAACCUGAAGGUAAGGUUCUACAGUAGAAAGGAGAAGAGACUUUAUGGCCCUCUUGGAAUGUAAAUUGUCGGAAUACUUACUAUGUUGAAGUAUUGUUAAGUCCCAUGUGGCUGUGCAGGGACACAGCCACGGAAAAUAUAUGAAUGGUCAAGUGAUGACUUGAGUGCAAAACAUAUUCAACUUUUUAAGAGACUUUUUGUAUGCCCACUUCUAUAUGCAUUUAUUACUCUUCACAAUUUGUGAUUUUUUUUUUAUUUUUUUUUAAAGGCGAUUUUUUUUUUUGAAGUCAGCUAGUGCUGAAAUUAUGAUUGUUUAUUAAAUGCAACGUGUUUUGUUAUCUUAGACACGACGAGCAGUUCAGAAAAGUAUGGUGUACAUUGAUGAACACAGAAUUAUGCUGAAAUAUCUGUUUCCUUUAAACGAAAUUGUGCUCGAUUUUUAUGAUAGCCUAAAAUCAAUGUCAUCUGGGUAUGCAAGGUAUGUUUGGCAACAUUUAAAAUAUAUUUCUGUCCUAUUACUUCUUUAAAUUGUGUUUGUUUUUGUUUGUUUCUAAUUGCAUUGUUUCUAAAAUGCUUAUACACAAAGGUCAUAUUGGACUCCUAUAUUGAGUUUCUGUCUUUAUAUCAUUCACAUGUACUGUACCUCUGUUUUCACACUAUCUCCUACAUAGAGCAUAUAGUGAAUACGUAUAGUUAGGCUGAGUCCUCAAAGUAAAUCCUACAUAUAGCUUAUACUGGGCACUUACUGAUGCCGUGCUUCACACUAGCUCAUAUACAGAGAUAUCAGUCACAUAUAUUGAGGCUGUGUUCUUACAGUAACUCAUUCAUAGGGGAUGUAGUGGACACAUAUACUGAGGAUGUGCUUCACACCAGCUCAUUCAGAGAAUCAUACAGAAAGCAUAUGUUGAUUUAGGUAAGCAAAAAGACCCAAACAGUAAAUUUACCUUCCUCUCUAUGAAAGAAGCCCGGUUAUGUGCUAAUGUAUGCAGGUAACAGAAAUCAAUGCCUCAUGCCAUGAUAGGAACAAAUGUCUGCUUGGACUUAGAAUCCGGCUUAUAAACACAAGUUAUAUACAAGUGCUUCAAUAACUUACCAGUGGAAGCUUUAUCUUACCGUGGGAAUUGGCCUUUUUUUCUUCAGGGCUAUUCCCUGUCCUUUCUGCUGUGAUGGGCAGAACUAACCCAUAAGUAAAUGCUGCCAUGUUUGAUUAUGCAAGUGGGUUGGAAUCAUGUUUUUUUGUUUUUUCUUCCAUUUUUAAUCUCACCACAACUUUUAGAACUUGUUCUUUUACUUGUAUUCCUUUACCCAAUUUCUUUGAAAAUUAUAAGCACUUUUGAAAAGGGACCCACUUCACAUUUGAUGAGUGCUGCAUAACUUGUUGGUGCUUUACAAAAAUAAUAACCAUGUUUUUGUAUGUAUCUAUCAAAUACAUUCUGCAGCAAUAUUUUCCAGGGGUUCAGUAGAUACCUGAUUUAAUUAAUGUGAACAAUCACGAACAUGUGGUUUGCAUAUUUUUGAAAUGUAUGUAUAUGUGUUUGUCGGUUAGCUUUGACUACGAAGAUGCAGGCUAUCAGACGGCGGACCUUGUAAAAAUGGAUAUUUUACUAAAUGGACGUUCUGUGGAAGAACUGGUCACUAUCGCACACAGGUGAUUUAAAAUAUUACAUUUAUCAUAUUUCUAUGACUAAAUUCAUGAUUUCAAAUUUAUAUCUGGUUUAAUGUGCAUAACACGUGGCAUCUUGUAUAUAAAACCCUCAGGGUUAUUCAUUAAAAUUACAAUUGAAGUGACUUUCAAAUUUAAGGUCAAAAUAGCAGGACAGGAAACAUUGUCAACUUUAGUCAGCUAUACUUCCAGUAAGGCUACUUUGGCCAUAAAUUGAUAUUUACUCUGAAUUCUCACUUUAGCGAAUAAUCCUUUCCUUCUUUAUGUCGGCUGGCCUGUUAUUAGCAUGGAUUUAUCUGUCACACUGCCUGUACAUUUCAGUUGCCUAUAUAUACUUUUUCCUAUCACUUAUAUUCACCAUGUUCCUUAAAGUGACACUAUGGUCACUGGAACAACUACAGCUUAACGCCUUUGUCCUUGUGAGUAUAAUCAUUCCUUUCAAUACUUUUGCUGUAAACACUGUCUUUUCAGAGAAAAUGCAGUGUUUUCAUUACAGCCUAGUAAUAAGUCCAUUGGCCACGCCUCAGAUGGCUGCUAGAGGUGUUUCCUGGGGCAGUGCUGCAGUGAGCAGCACUGCCAUUCAGUGUCUCCACCCUCUGCAGGCAAACACUGAACUUUCCUCAUAGAGAUGCAUUGAUUCAAUCCAUCUCUAUGAGGAGAUGCUGAUUGGCCAAUGCUGUGUUUGACUUGUGUUGGCUCUGCCCCUGAUCUGCCUCCUUGACAGUCUCAGCCAAUCCUAUAGGGAAGCAUUGUGAUUGGCUCAGACCACCACUUCUGAUGAUGUCAGCAGAUAGAGGCAGUUCACAGGCAAACAGUGGUAGAGCCAGGAGCUGCAGACUUGAUACAUUUUACUAUAUUAAUGGAGGCAAGAGGGGGCUAGGUGGUGGUUUUAAAACUAUAGGGUGCUCUCCUUCUCCUCUUUGAUGUAUGCUUGCAUGUAAACUGUGUUAAAUUAAUCAGUUGAAUGCACGCCUCUUGAGCAUCAUGGACGCAGCCUGGCAAUCUUAAUUUAAGAACACUGGUCUGAUUAUAAACACUCACCCAUGUAAUAAUGUUUUUGUUUCCUAUUCACUUGUGCAGCCCUGGUUGGCAUGCCACCCCAACCAACACAAAUGCUGGUAUUAAACGUCUGUUUGAUCAUACUCAUCCCUGUCCUGCUUUUAUACCUCCUAAUAUUGAGUUUAAAGGGACACUAUAGGUAUCCAGACCACUUUACCUCAAUGAAGUGAUCUGGGUGCAGUGUCCCUGUCCCCUUAAUCCUGCAGCUGAAAACAUUACAGUUUUAGAGAAAUAUUUACAUUGCUGGUUUAAGACUGCCUAUAGUGGCUGUCUACCAAAUGCGCUCUUUUUUUUUUUUUUUUAACUCCGUGAAACAAUGCUCGACGUCCUCACACUUUGCAUGAGCACGUCCAGCGUCUUGCAAAUCCUUAUAGGAAAUCAUCAAGUGCUGAGGGACCUCUGACUGGAAUCAGGUAAGUUUUUAAAGGGUUUUUAACCCUUUGAUUGUUGGGAGCAGGGAGGGGGAGACAGGAUCAGAGGGAAACUGUAGUACGGUAUCUAUGUAUGUAAAGGCAGCAGUAGCAUUUUUGUGUGAAUGUGUUAAUUUAUGAACUCUAUAAACCUUCUACUACCCCAAGCACAGUGCGAUUGAGAGAUGCCCGGAGCAGGCUUUUCUUGAUUUUCCUGUCACUCAGUGACAGCAUUAGACCCUUUUGCCGCUGGCACACAUGUUUAAUUACAUUAAUUGAUUAACAAGUGGGGGGAGGGGGGACCUGUCAAGAUUUUUUUUAUUAAAAUCUACACUUUUGCUAGAAUUUCAGCUGUCUGUAUAGGUGGCAUUUAAACACUUUAAAAUGAACAUGUGUGCCACGACAAGUAUAAUUUAAUAAAAAUAGGUUGAACAUUAGCAUGUAUUAAAGUUAAUUAUUAUUUGGUAUUUAUUUAGCUAAAGCAAAUUCUGCAGAGCUGUAUAAUACAGACAAACAAUGAACUCCUACUGAAAGUAAAAAACAGAUCCUGUCUGUGAGCUUACAGUCUAACAAAUACAGUACUUCUAUCCAAAUUGCUAAGCAGGAUAACUUGCGAGCUUACAAUCUAAAGCAGGAGAUUUAUCAAGACAAAAACAGGUUCUAUUCUGGGACAAACAGCUAAGUUAGAAGUAAUCGCCAUGGAAGUUUAAAAGAAUGCCAUCCAAUGCAGUUUUUGAACAAUGAAAUCUAAAUUUCAUUCAUGGUGAGAUCUGAUAUAUGUAGAUUGGUAUUUUUAUUUUUCAUAAUAUUGAGACAGUGUAAUGUUCCCUCUCUUACAUUUAGAGAAAAAGCAUAUGCAGUUGGCAAAGCAAUUUGUGAACGGCUCAGAGAUUCCAUACCCAGACAACUGUUUGAAAUAGCAGUUCAGGCUGCUCUUGGCAGUAAAGUCAUUGCAAGAGAAACGUAAGUAUAAUACAAGAGCUUGAUUUUUUUUGUUAGCUUUUUUUUUUUUUUAUAUUUGUAGAUUUAUGUGUAUUUUUUUUUUUUUUUCAGGAUAAAAGCCUACAGGAAAAAUGUACUGGCUAAAUGCGUAUGUACAACUUUCAUUACCUUUAUAGAUUUUAUAUUGUUCAAGUGUAGCAAUUUUCUCAGUUUCUGAUUUUAAUUUAUGGGAUGGUGGGGGGAGAGGGUCAGGGUAGAGUGUUGAUGAAAUGAUUUUACACAAUUUACCCUUGCACAAUUUAAAACGUGUGGCGAACAUACAUUUUGGCUGCAAAGCAUGUAGACAUCUACAGAUCUUUUUUUUUUUUUUUUUUAAACAAUUACUUUUUCGAGCAGAAUAUGAAAAAUAAAUAGGUUCGUAUUCAGAACCAUAAUUAGGGAUGUAUUCACUAAAUAGCUGUCGGCUAGCAUUUGUUGUCUGCUUCCAGCAUGAAUAUAAUAUCCUAGAUUUAGCAGGUUGGUUGGCAAGACAACGUCACUGUAAAGCAACUUAAGCUCACUCAACUAUGCAUUUAGAUUGGGCUUAAAAUUGUAGUUCAUACAUAGCAUUAACAAAGAAUGUGCUUGAGCUAUUAUGCUGUAAUAGCCUUUAUCUUGUUUUGUUUCUUAAUGUCUUUUUAUUUUAAAAUAUAUAUUAUCAUGGUUGGAUUAUAGGCCGCAUUGAUCAAUUUGGAUAGUUUUCAUGGUUUGUAAAGCUGUGAUUAUAGGCAUCAAGUUUUAUAAUGAAUCAAUUUGGAAACGAUUAGGCCUAUAAACUAGACAAAAUGGUACACAAUACUUUGUUUAGUGAUCCAAGUCUGAUCCCAGUUUUCUCUUGGCAGUAUGGAGGCGAUAUUACACGAAAAAUGAAAUUGUUGAAGAGACAGGCUGAAGGCAAGAAAAAAAUGAGACAAAUCGGCAAUAUUGAAGUGCCAAAAGAUGCAUUUAUUAAUGUGCUAAAAAGAACGCCAGACAAAUGAAAUGGAAUUAACUAAACAUUUUUAUUGCAAACUACUGGGUCAAUUUUAUUAGACCAGUAGUUUCUUAUUUGCCGUCCAUGAUGGCAUUAAUUUAUCCACAAAGUCAACCAGACUGUUGCAAACAUUUGUCCAACAACCAUUUUCCCGUGUUGGUAAAGGAAACCUAAUAUUGGCAAUAAAGUAAAUCAUGAUAAGAGGGCACUACCUCGCUCAGCACACCAUUUUAUGUUACAAACAAUGCUGUGUAGAUAUGAAACACUGCAAUUAGACAUCCCAGCAAUAUACAGGGGAGAGUUUCUAAACAUCAUGCAUAUUGUUAAAACUAUGGGACAGUGAUGUCUAUCCCUAUAUUUCAUGGGAAGUAGGUAGCAGGUUAAAUUGCUAAGCCAACCUAUCUUUGUUUUUGUUUAAUUUAAACAACUGUUUUGGUGACAAUACCAGUGUGUUAAAGAUAGGCAAGAAAAGAAAUGGAAAAAUACAAAUGGAAAUACACACUAAUUUAAUGGUAUAUACCAUGAUCCGUCGGCACAGAAUGUGUGCGCAAUAGUGAUAACCUUUUCUUUGAUACAAAUAAAAUUGUUAUUCUACAAUGUUUUACAUGGUUGUAUUUUUGGGAGGGUCACGAUAGAAAGUGAGUCUUUAUGGUUUUUCUAUAAUUUAGAUCAGCACCUACUAAAUCUGGAUAGUUUUACAUAAUAGACAGUGUGCCUUUUCUCAACACAAUUACCUCUGUAAUUCAUUGGUAUGUUAAUGCUCUCAAAUUGUUGCUGAGAGGCAAAAAAAAAAAAAAAACACUAGUUACCAAAACAGCUUUAGCUAAAUGAAGUAGUUUUAGUGUAUAGCUUAUGCUUCUGAAGUUUCACUGCUCAAUUCACUGCCAUUUAGGAGAUAAAUCACUUGUUUCUGUUCAUGCAGCCCUAGCCACACCUCCCCUAGCUGUGACUGACAGCCUGCAUGAAAACAAAAUAGUUCCAUUUUAAAUCAGAGGUUCACUUAAUCAAGAUGUUUUAUCUCCUGCUGUGUAAAUUGAACUUUAAUUACAUACAUACAGGAUGCACCUAGAGGGUCUAGGAAGCUAUUAACAGAGCAGUAGAUAAGAAAUUCUAAAUUAGACUGUGCAAUAAAGGAAGUGUAAAUGUUAGAUGACUCUGUACAGGAAGGAUGUGUAAAUCAAAUGCAAGGAGGUAUGACCAGGGUUGUAUAACAAAGUGAUCUAACUCCUAAAUGACAGAGCAUUAAACAGGGAGACUGUAGGGGCAUGAUCUAUACACCUUUAACAUAAUUAAGCAGUUUAAUGACUAAUUUACAACCAGUUGUGCUACUUGGUACAUGUAUUUUACUAAAGCCCAAGCUUAGCUUGGAUCUUCUGGGAAUUCUAUUAACAGCUGUGGAGAGCCAACCAUACCAGAAUCCCAUAGAUGGGCUAAUUAUAUCGCAUCAGCCACCGUUAUCUAGGUGUCAUUGCUCUGCCUUUUUAGCUUUAUAUAGUAUCGCCCAACCACUGUAACAGUGCCUCCUCUUUUCAUAACACAUCUUCCUGAUUGCAAGCACUCUGCUUAGCCAAUAAAAUCAGCUUGACCUGAGAUGCUGCCAUGGACUGCUCCACAGUCAAUAAAUAUCCUUAUCAGUCUCCUUUUCCUGGUAGAUGGGCAUUGAAAUACUAAAAAAUACUUUUAGUAAAGACAAUCAGUCCAGUCAGUUUAUUGUAAAUCAAGGCAUUUGCGAUUCAUAAGAAAUUAUUUCUACAUUUAAAUGCUUCAAAAUACAAAUAAAAAAAAUGAAAUAUGGUAAGAGCUGCAUAUGAAGACUCAAUAUUACAGGCAUUGUGCAAUAUGUCCAUAUAAUUUAAAUGUCAUUGUUGCAGUAGUACACAUUCAGAAACCAUAACACAAAAACAAUAAUGAUACUAUACAUUGACCAUUGUUCAAAGUAAAUAGAUAGACUGGUAGAAGUGAACAUAUUAGUCUACUGUAAAGUGGUAGGUAACUGGUGUUCAACUCCUCCUAAUGAGAAUGCGUUUUUUAAAUUCAAUGUGUAAUAAUUAAUCUGUUGUAAGCAACAGAUGCUGUUAUUGAUAUAAAGCUUUGAAGGGAAGUACACCAAGAUAACUAAAUAAAAAUAAUGUGGAAUGUUGAAUUGACCAGUGCAGAUUUUGUAAUUCAGUAAUAUUGCAUAGCUAAUGUGGAGCUAUGUUUUCCAAAGCAUUUUCACUUCAAUUUUUCUUCAUGCUGUGCAGUGGGUCCACAAGUUUAUUAUGUACAUGCAUUAAGCCUUUGGAAAGAACAGAAACAGUCAUUUCUACUAUAGGCACAUAGUACUUAUAAGUACUUAAACAUUCCAUAUAACACUUUCAUUCAGAACAUCCAAAAUGUAAUUUUUAGCUAAAAGUGGGGAUAGUGACAAGGUUAAUUUUGACAGAUGUUGCUUUGUAUAAAAAUAAUGCUUAACACAAUAACAAAAUAUAUAUCCACAGCAGAUUAUCACAUACUCAUUGUCUCUGACUUUCUGCAUUGGCUAUUUUACCAGGAGCAAUGCAAAAUCUGUUUUUGGCAGAAAAUCACCUAAUAAAGUUAAAGGGACCCAAUAGACUCCAGCUUAUUGUAUUUGUUCUGGUGAGUAUAAUCCGUACCUGCAUGCAUUUUAAUGCAAACACUGCCUUUUCAGAGAAAAAGCAGUGUUUACAUUGCCCCCUAGGGACACCUCUAGUUGCCACUCAUCUGAUGGUCACUGCUGCACAGUCUGCAGCUCUGUCACUGAAUGAUCCUCAUAGAUAGGUGGGGGGCCAGGGCCAGCAGACCCACACAGCCUUGGAAAUAAAGUAAGUUGUAUUGCCUUUUAAGGAGGUUAACAGGAGACAAGCCACCUAAAUGGUGGUUUUCAGACUAUAGGAUCAGUAACACAAACAUGUAUUCCUGACCGUAUAGUGUUUAAAGCACCAUUAUAGUAUUCCUUUAACAUGCAUUUUUAAUCAGAUAAUCAAUCUGAACUGGUUGAGUUUACAGUACAUACACAAACCACAUAUAUCCCCAGUGCAGG